UCUUCAGUUUGUGGUCAGGCGUCUCUGAACACCAGGAUUGUAGGAGGACAGGUGGCCCGCGUUGGCAGCUGGCCCUGGCAGGUCAGUCUGCAAAGAUCUGGGUCCCACUUCUGUGGAGGAUCCCUCAUUAACAGUCAGUGGGUGCUGACUGCUGCUCACUGCUUUCAAACUACUCCAACCGGUCUGACUGUGAAUCUGGGCCGUCAGAGUCUACAGGGAUCUAAUCCCAAUGCAGAGUCUCGGACAGUAACACAGAUCAUCAACCAUCCAAACUACAACUCUGUUACCUUCAACAACGACAUCUGCCUCCUGCAGCUCUCCUCACCGGUGACUUUCAACAACUACAUUUCUCCCGUCUGCCUGGCAGCUUCAGACAGCAUCUUCUACAGCGGUGUUAACAGCUGGGUCACCGGCUGGGGCAAUAUUGGAAGUGGAGUGCCUCUUCCUUCUCCACAAAACCUGAUGGAGGUGCAGGUUCCUGUUGUGGGAAACAGGCAGUGUAAAUGUGACUAUGGAGUGGGAUCAAUCACUGACAACAUGAUCUGUGCCGGGUUAAGUGCAGGAGGAAAGGACUCCUGUCAGGGAGAUUCAGGAGGUCCAAUGGUGAUCAAGCAGAGCGGUCGCUGGAUUCAGGCGGGAGUCGUCAGUUUUGGGGACGGUUGUGCCAGGCCGAAUUUUCCAGGAGUCUACGCCAGAGUAUCCCAGUACCAGACCUGGAUCAACAGCCAGAUCUCCUCCAACCAGCCGGGCUUCAUGACGUUCACGUCCACUGGGACCAACAGUGACCUCAGUGUCUCCUGCACAGGACUGCCACCAGUGCCAACCACCACUACCCCUACUACCACAACCCCUCCAACCACCACCAACACCACCACCCCUACUACCACCAAUCAUCCAACAACCACAAACCCCCCAGCAACCCCCACCACACCUACAAACACAAUACUUCCAACAACCACCAAUCAUCCAGCAACCCCCACCACACCUACGAACACAAUACUUCCAACAACCACCAAUCAUCCAGCAACCCCCACCACACCUACAAACACAAUACUUCCAACAACCACGCUGCAUCCGACCACUGCCCAACCUGUAGUCUGUGGACAAGCUCCGAGGAAUUCAUACAUUUUCGGGGGAACCUUGCUUGCGUCAGUGGGCUCGUGGCCGUGGAUGGCGAGCCUGCAGAAAAAUGGAAAUCACGUGUGCGGUGGGACUCUGGUAGCCUUGGACUCUGUGCUGAGUGACGCCAGCUGUUUCUCAAGCUCCCCUGUAGCGUCCGAGUGGACUGUCGUGUUGGGUCGUCUGAAGCUAAAUGGAUCCAACCCCUUUGAGGUGACGCUGAAUGUGACAAAUAUCACUCUGAGCAACACGACCGGGACCAACAUAGCCAUCCUCCGUCUAUCUGCCCAGCCCACCCUGACCGACUACAUCCAGCCCAUCUGCUUGGACAACGGGAGAACCUUCGCCGAGGGCUUGGCGUGCUGGGCGGCCGGUUGGAGUCCUGGAAGAGGAGGAGCUGAGGAAGUUAUGCAGCAGUUUCAGACCUCGGUGGUAAACUGUGGGAACUCAUCAUCGAGUGAGAGCAUCUGUACAGGCGUGUUUGCACUGCAGCAGGGUGAUUCUGGCGGCCCGCUGAUGUGUAAGCAGGGCAGCUCUUGGUUCCAGGCGGUCGUGUUAACAGCUCCAAGCCCCCCUGCCAGGAGAAGACGAAGCUCAGUUAUGACCUUCACCAGAGUGAGCUCCUUUGACUCCUUCCUGACGGAGACGCUGGGGACACUCUUGUCUCCAGCCUCCAACACCACCAUCACUAACCCAACCAAUGUCUCCCUCACCACCACUGCCAGCAGUACCUUCAUCAACACCACGGCCACCACAACUUGCUCGAAUAGUUUGUUUGACAGCAGCGAGGGUCGUCCUGCUCACUCCUUCAUCUUUGUCUUCAUCCAUCUCCUCAGCCUCGCCUUUUGUCUCCAGCUCUGCCUUUAG